AUGUCGUCCAUUGAAUCGGGAGUGGAGAGAGCGUUCGAUUGGUGUAUGGAUGGUCUCAGUACGGCUUCUCAGUACUUUGCAUACUGCAAGCGCGUUCAUACAAUCGUUCAGGUUGGCGCAGUAUAUCACCGUUACUGUUAUUUAAGGCUGCGAGAAGUUUGUCGUGUUCUGCAAGAAACACAACAAAGGGUGAUCGAUCAGAAGAAUGAACUGGAUGGUCUUCUUCAUACCGAUCAGCAAUAUCGAGAUUCUGUAUGCCGUUCUGCUGUUUGGAAUCUGCUAAUAGAAUAUCUGCUAAUCUGCAACUGCUGUUCUCUAAAUGUUUCAGCGUUGCAAUCUCAAAAAAUUUUACUUCGGUCGUUAGAGAAACGUAUUGAGUAUGCCAGAUGUCGCAUCAUGACCAUCAGCAUGAAACUUUCUCGGGUUAACGAUGAUAAACGCAUCCGAGAAAGAGACUACGAGAAACGUGCCGACGAAGUAAGUGAAAUGGAAAAAGAUAUAGAGAAGCGCACAGAAGCACUUUCAAUCCAGAGGCAAGCAAUUAGUUACACAGUAUCGCAGUUGGUGCUGCGGCAGCGUAAGAUGCUAAAUGAUAUAAUGAAUAUUUAUCUGAUUGACGUUAAUGGAAACCCGCAAAAUCGUUUGUUGCCAUUACCGUGUAUAUGCAGCACAGCAGUUACUAUUGCAGGUCAUCCAGAUACCGAGGUAUCAUCAGCAUUGGGUUACGUCGUCCAUGUUCUAAUAUUAAUAUCGCAAAUACUCAAUAUACCUCUAAAGUUCCCUGUCAGUUUUGCCGCAUCGCGAUCAACCAUUAUGCAUCCUCUCAGUGCCGCUAUAUAUCCACUAUAUUCACUGUCGAAGAAUCGUGAUAAAUUAGAAGAAGCCAUUCAACAUUUGAAUGGAAAUAUCAAUCAACUGAGGAGUGAUUUUGGUCUGGUGACGAAUAAUCGUGAAAAGACACUGAACAAUCUACACGAUCUGUUAUUGCAUCUCUCCAUAUCCGACUGUGGUAUUAUUCUACCGAAUGAAUCUUUAAUAAUUCCAUCAUUCUCAGUGCCGCAUGUCAAAUCAGCCGAAUUAGUUUUUAAAUCGAUGACACAACGUGUGAAGCGAGAAUCGAACAACAGACGAGUGCUAUCGUUAACUAAUCACAUCGACAUUCCAACCAAAUAUCCAAAGUAA